AUGACAUGGUCUGUGGACAAUAUCAUCACUGAGAUCAAAGAUGUUGGGGAGCUUCUUCACUUCAAGAAGCAAAAUGGUGCUAAGAACAUGGAGCAAAUUGAAUCUACUUUGCUGAGGAAUGUGACUUACAAGUUGGAUACCAUGUGUCUUUCCCCAACAGAUGCCUUGCAGAUUCAAAAGGCUUUGCAUGAUGAUCCAAAUUUGACUUCUGAUAUGAAAGGCAUUGUGAAUGUUGCCAUUGAUGGCAGCCUGACCAGGGAGAAGGGUAGAGAAGACUAUUCACACACAUACAAACCUCAGAGGAUCAAUGUGCCACAGUACUUGACUAUGUCUGAUUGGGAUACCAUCAAGAACUCCCAGAACUACCACACCAAGGUUACUACAGUGUGCAGGAGGCUGAGGAGCUUGGGGGUGAGAAGUUUGGCAGAACAGUCUGUGAAGAGUGCUGUGGGUGCCAUUUUGAGUGGCUAUCAGGAUUUGCCUGACCAAGCCACCAUGUACCAGAUGGUGCAGGAUAUCAAGCUGGGCUUUGCCAGCAUUCCUGACCAAGCCAAUGGCUUGUGCUUUGUGGUGAAGUACCCAGAUGAUCCAACAAAGCUAUCACCACAGUUGUAUGCCCAUUGCUACUCAACUGAGCAUCCUGCACAGAUCAUCCCUGACAAGCUGCCUAUGAUUUUGAAGCUCAUUCCUUUGAGGCACACCCAUGCAUCUUUGGCAAAAGCCAAGCCAGUGCAUGCAGCACCUUCAGCUGGGUCUGCUGCCUCAUCAUCACACACUUCUUCUCAUAUGGCUAUGGCUCCAUUCAUGGAGAUUGCUACCAAUUUGGCAGCAAUUGUAAAAGAUCUCAGCAGGAAGCCAUCUGCAGAUGACAUCAACUUGACCAUGAACCACAAUUUCCAGAAUGGCCAAACAGGACCCUCUCCUGCAGAGAUUGAAAGCUUCAAGCCCAAGCUCAGGACUAGCACUGUUGAUGCACCUCAGGUGCAGCCAGCUGCAGCUUCUGUUGCUGCACCUUUGGCCUUGGAGAAUGGGAAUGGCCAGACUGAUGAGCCUGGCAAUGUCCAUAGUGGCAAUUCUCUUGAUGGUGCCUCCAUUGAGCAGGCUGCCUAUGAUGCCUUGCUUGCCAGAAAUGGCAGCAAAACAAAAGGUGAAGGCAAGGGCAAGGGCAAGGGCAAUGUCAAAGCCCAGAAGGCCAAAGCCUCAGCCAAGCCCAAGCCUAAGGCCCAUGCCAAAGGCAAGGCCAAAGCCAAGGCUUGCCUCAAGAGACCUGCAUCUGCAAUGAUGCCUUUUGUCUAUGAUCCUGGUCACCCUGGUGCUGAGUGGGGCAAGAGAACUUUGGAUUCUUGGAGCUCCAAGCACUACCACUCCUCCAGGCAAAUGGCAUUGAACCAAGGCUUCACAGAUGAUGAGGCCAGGAGCUUUGCAAGGGAUGCUAGGUAUCCUAUGGCCUGGCUCUGUGAGACCUUCUGGGAGAUUGGCAACCCUUUGCACCAGCCAUCUCAGUUUCAGGAGGAUCUCUUGUGGAAGCUGCCUGCAAAGCUGAGGAGGCUUGAAGAUUUGAGAAGGGGCAACCCCUAUGUGAGCUCCAGUGCUUUAUCUAACAUUGUCAAGGACAUCCAGCAACAUGGUCUUCCAGAACUGCACCAGCGCAAGCACAUGCAACAAGCCAGAGAUGCAAGGCUGGAUGAACACAAUGGAUAUGGCCCACUUACUGAGAAAAUCAAUGUCAUGCUUAAGGAUGGCAAGAAGGGUGAGAUCAUGGUGGUCAAUAUUUUUACUUUUCUGCAAGCUUUGUAUGAGCAAAAUGGUGGUUUCACUGCACUGGUCAAUACAAGUUUGGAAAAACAUCCAUGCAGUCACAAUAACCCUUGGGACCUCAUAUAUUACACUGAUGAAAUUGUGCCAGGCAACCCCCUUUCUGCAGAGACAAGCAGAAAAAUUCAAACAGCUUAUCUCAGCUUCAAGCAAUUUGGUGCAAUUGCCUUAUCUAAGGAGGAGGCAUGGCUGGUUGCAUGGCUGGUUGCUUUUGCCAAAAGGUCUUCACAUGUCAUGGAGAUGGAAGCAGGCAUGUCCCAAGUGACAGCAGCACUUUUGGAUCACAUAUUCCACCACCCCUCUUGUUCCCCUGAUAUUGGGGGAUUGAUGCUGGAAGAUAGGUCAGGUGGAAGCAUUAAACUUUGGUUCAGAUUGGGUAUGAUGCUCCAAGAUGGGGCAGCACACAAAGCUGUUUGGGGGUUGAAGGGUGAUGCAGCUAGUAAAUUCUGUGUAUUUUGUUUGAAUUUACUGACUGAGAAAAGCAACAUUGUUGAUGAGUCCAAUGAGCAUCUGCUCAUUGCCCAAAGUUGGGACCUUUCCCAAGUUCAACAAGCAAGCAAUGAUGAUGUUCAUGCAACUGCCAAAAGAUUGGAGCAGAAACAUGUGGAACUCAAAGCCAAUGAGUUUCAACUUUGGCAGCAAGCAGUGGGAAUGAAUUACAACAAGUAUGCACUGUUGCACUGGGAGUCAUUGAAGGGCCAUGUGCAGCCUAUCAGCCAGUUUCUCCAUGACUGGAUGCACUGUUUUCUGGUAUCUGGGAUCUUCCAAACUGUUAUGCAUUUGAUUAUGACAGCUUUGGAAGCAAAUUUUUCUGGAAAUGUCUAUGAUGUGGCCAGUCAAGUUGUUGGUGCUUGGAACCUGCCUGCAGUCAGGCAUGACAAUUUGGGGAAAUUGUUUGAACCAAAAAGGAAGAAAGCCAACAAACUGGCAGGCACCUUCAAAUGCACUGCCAGUGAAGCUUUGGGACUUGCACCAAUUUUUGCAUACUUCCUGCAAACCAUUAUAGUGCCAAAAGGUUUGUGCAAAGAUGAAUGCUUUGCCUACGUUGCAUUGGUGGACAUUUUGGACCUGAUCCAAUUGGUAUGCCCUCAGAGUUUGCAAGAUGGAAAAGACAAAAUUCAAGGUCUUUACCUUCCGGGCCUCGCUGAGUUCUGCCUCGCGGCCCUCAAGACCUUCCAGUGGCCCUGCGCUGCCAAUGUAUACGCGAGCCCGGCAGCUUUGGAGGUAUCUGUGCCAUGUCACACAGAUCGACAAGACGUUCUGGUCUUUCAAGCAACGGGGCAAAAAAGGUGGCAGGUUUUUCAUCCACCUGACAUCGGAGAUGUUGAUCCCUUGCGACGAGGAAAGGAUGGAGAUGUGAUCGAGCAUUUGGGUGAUCCCUUGCUGGAUGUGGUCUUGGAGCCGGGUUACAUGUUAUACGUGCCUUUGGGUUUUGGUCACCGUACCUCAACGUAUGGCCUCAGAGGGCCCUCAUGGCACAUCACGUUGAACCUGGACUCCGUCAUUUGGGGCUUGUCUUACAGGCUCCUGUGGUCCGCGAGUCAGAGAUAUGCCCGGCUACGGCGUGGUGAACGUGAUGAGGCUGAGGAAGCCGCCAAGACCAAAGGUAUGUCUUGGCAGCAGUACAGCUCUCUGCAAGCAGCUCUGCCCGACCAAGAUGUACAGCAGCUGAGUUUGGAGCUGCUCGAGAGGGCGCAGAUUUGGCAUGGCAAGGCCUGUGACGAUGUUCUUCCAGAAGAUAUCCACCAAGCAUUUCAGAUGAUCCAGGAGCACCGACGACGCUUGCUGUCGCUCCAUCAGUUGAUGUAUGCGGAGGCCAUGUUGGGCCUUGGUGAGGAUCCGCAAACGCGCGAGGCGGCACAUUGGUCAGCCCUGCAGGCCGAGAUGCAGCUGCUUCGGAGGAACAUGGGCUGGGCGUGACAAAAA